UCCUUUCCUCCUUCCUCCCUUCCAUUUUCCUUCCUUCCUUCCUUCCUCUCUUUCUUCCCUCCCAAUUCUGGGAGCUGGGGCGCGAGUCACCAAGUGUGUUGGGAUUUCUCUCUUCUGCCCAUACAGUGUAGCUCGGGAUUCUCUUCCAGGACGAUGUCGGGGGAGGUUCCUGCGAAUAUCAAUAUCAAGGAGCCCCGAUGGGAUCAAAGCACCUUCGUGGGACGAGCCAAUCAUUUCUUCACUGUGACCGACCCCAGGAAUGUCCUCUUAACGGACGAGCAGCUGGAGAACGCCAGGAGAAUCGUCCAUGAUUACAGGCAAGGAGUUAUUCCUCCGGGGCUCACAGAAAACGAGCUAUGGAGAGCCAAGUAUGUUUACGACUCGGCUUUUCACCCGGACACGGGCGAGAAGAUGAUCCUGAUCGGACGGAUGUCGGCUCAGGUUCCCAUGAACAUGACCAUCACCGGCUGCAUGAUGACUUUUUACCGGACCACGCCGGCCGUGCUCUUCUGGCAGUGGGUCAACCAGUCCUUCAACGCCGUGGUCAACUACACCAACCGCAGCGGGGACGCGCCCCUGAGCGGCAGUGAAUUGGGAACGGCCUAUGUCUCCGCCACCUCAGGUGCCGUGGUGACAGCUCUGGGACUAAAUGCAUUAACCAAGCACGUGUCAUCCCUCGUGGGGCGUUUUGUGCCCUUUGCUGCCGUGGCUGCUGCGAACUGCAUCAAUAUCCCAUUAAUGAGGCAGAGGGAGCUCAAAGUGGGCAUUCCCGUCACGGAUGAGCGUGGCAACCGCCUGGGCGAGUCUGCCAACGCUGCCCAGCAAGCCAUCACGCAAGUUGUGGUCUCCAGGAUCCUCAUGGCCGCCCCGGGCAUGGCCAUUCCUCCAUUCAUCAUGAACACUCUAGAAAAGAAGGCUUUUCUGAAGCGGUUCCCGUGGAUGAGCGCACCUAUUCAAGUUGGGUUGGUUGGCUUCUGCUUGGUGUUUGCCACACCCCUGUGCUGCGCCCUCUUCCCCCAAAAAAGCUCCAUGUCGGUGUCCAGCCUGGAGGAUGAGCUGCGGGCCAAGCUCCACCAGAGCCACCCCGAGCUGCAGCGCGUCUACUUCAACAAGGGGCUGUAGACCGGAGGGGAGGUGGCCUGGGGAGUCACCGCCUUGGCCCGGCCCCAUCGCGGUGGUGACGUACACAGAUCUCCUCCAUCUUCAAAGACAGCGCCCCGGCCCCGGCCUGAGGGCUCACCCCCAGCCCAGCCCAGGCUCGGAACCAAGUGUCCGCGGCUCACGCUGGAGAAGCCCGGACCCGCCCGGACCGCGACGCCCGGAAGCCAGCCGCCCACGGCAGCCGGAAGCCAGCCAUAGGCGGGGCGGGGCCCCGCCGCGCUCCGCCCACAGGUGCGAGUGGCUCUUUUCCCAGGCGUGGGGGCGUGGCGUCCGGGCACGUGCGGCUGUGCGUCGUGACGUCGGGUCGCCUCCAGGCGGUGCAUCCUCACGUCUGGGCACGUGCGGCUGCGCGUCAUGACGUCAGUUCACCUCCAGGCGGUGCAUCCUCGCGUCCGGGCACGUGCGGCUGUGCGUCAUGACGUCGGGUCGCCUCCAGGCGGUGCAUCCUCACGUCUGGGCACGUGCGGCUGCGCGUCAUGACGUCGGGUCACCUCGAGGCGGUGCAUCCUCGCGUCCGGGCACGUGCGGCUGUGCGUCGUGACGUCAGUCCACCUCCAGGCGGUGCAUCCUCGCGUCCGGGCACGUGCGGCUGCGCGUCGUGACGUCGGGUCGCCUCCAGGCGGUGCAUCCUCGCGUCCGGGCACGUGCGCCGCGUCCGGGCACGUGCGGCUGUGCGUCCUGACGUCACGCCCCGCCCAGUGCAUCCCAGCGAGGCUGCGGGACCCGGAUGGCCGUGGGCGGCGGUCUUUCCGGUUUCCGGUUCCCGGGCGGCCGCGGGGCCGAGGCCGGACCGUGGGGACCGUCGGGGCCCGGCUGUGACGGGAGACGGAGCCGCUUGGCCGCACGGUGACGCUCUUCAGAAACACGAGAAUGAGACGUAUAGAUCGGCGCUGCAUCAGCUAGCUGUAAUCCCAGCGGGAGCGCUCAGAGUUGCAUGCAGACCUCAGUCCUGGAGAGGGGGCCGGGGAAGGAAGGGGUGCAGGGCCUGGGGAUAAAGCCCUAAGUUCGGGCCCGAGCUCUGCAGAUGAAUCAGUAAAGGGAGUGAAUGCACAUUAAAUGGAUGUUGCCACAGGGAACCUCGGACAUCCAAAAGAACAGGCAUCCCAAGGCCACGGCUCGCGCCUGUCAUCCCAGCAACUCGGGAGGCUGAGAGCUGAGGGUUCCAGCCUGGCCAGGGAAGUCUGUCAGACUCCGAUCUCCAGUUAGCCACCAAAAGAACACCCAGAAGUGGAACUGAGGCUCCAAGUGACAGACUGCCACCUUGGGGCACAAAAGCUCAGGGGCAGCUGCUAAGCCCGGAGUUCAAGCCCCAUGGCUGACAGAGGGAAAAAAAAAACAAAAAAAACCUCCUUGUACAAGUGCUUGAUGUUGAUAAAUACAUCUAAUAAACUACUUUAAAAAAUGAA